AUGUUUUCUUCAUUGUUGGCCAGCUUGGUUCUUGUGCACGCAGCGAUCGCUGCUGCUGUGCCGUUGGAAUCUCGCUCCAACAGUGUAUCGGUCACGCUCGGCGGCGGUACCUUCGUCGGCGAACAGAAAGACGGCCUUCAGAAGUUUUUGGGUAUUCCCUUUGCUCAACCUCCUGUUGGCAAUCUACGGUUCCGCCUACCGCAACCAAUCACCUCGUAUAAUGGCACCUAUGACGCUAGGAAGUAUGGCCCCUCAUGCCCUCAGCAGUCCAUUUCCUUGCCUCUGGUGAACGGUUUGGUCGGUGAAGUGACCGAUUGGAUGAUCGGCACCAUCUUCGGUCAGGUUUUCCCUGAUGCAGAAGACUGCCUUACCGUCAAUGUGGUAAAACCUGCAUCAGCUAAUGCCAAUUCUAAGUUACCUGUGGUUGUUUGGAUUUUUGGAGGUGGCUUCCAGCUCGGAAGUACUUCCAUGUACGAUGGUGGAAUGAUCGUCAAGCGUGCUGUGGACCAACGCCAACCCGUCAUUUUCGUGAGCAUGAACUAUCGUCUAUCCGGUUUCGGUUUCAUGGCUAGCAAGGAAAUUCGCGAUGCGGGUGUUGGAAAUAUCGGUUUGCAUGACCAAAGAGAGGCCCUUCGAUGGAUUAAGAAGCAUAUCUCCGCCUUCGGAGGUGACCCCGACAAAGUUACCAUUUGGGGUGAAUCCGCUGGUGCCAUCUCCGUCGCGCUUCAAAUGACUGCGUAUGAUGGCAACCACGAGGGUCUCUUCCGCGGUGGCUUCAUGCAGUCCGGUGCACCCAUCCCCGUUGGCCCUCUCGAAAACGGCCAAGUCUACUACGAUGACGUCGUUCGGGAGACUGGAUGUGCUGGAUCCUCGGAUACUCUCGAAUGCUUGAGGGGUGUUCCCUACAACAGGCUCAAGGCUGCCAUUAACAAGUCACCUUCAAUCUUCGAUUACCAGUCGCUUCGCCUUGCCUGGCUUCCUCGCACUGACGGCGUGUUCCUCACCGAUGAUCCCCUCAAGUUGGUACAGCAAGGAAAGGUCGCCCGUGUUCCUUUCGUCAACGGUAUGUAUGCAUCCUGCCAUCCCAUGUUCCCUUUGGACCCAUCGGAAACGUUAGGCAAUUGCGACGAUGAGGGUACCUUGUUCUCCCUGGCCACUCUGAAUGUAACCACCGAUGCGGGCUUCAAGAAUUGGGUCAAGAACGUUUUCCUGAGGAUUCCAGACGAGCAAGUCGAGAGGAUCGCCCAGCUCUACCCUUCUACUCCCUCCGCUGGGUCUCCAUUCGGCACUGGAAACAGGAACGCCUUGACACCCCAGUUCAAGCGAUUCGCUGCCUUCCAGGGUGAUGGUGUUUUCCAGGCUCCUCGCCGCUGGUUCUUGCAGCACACUGCCCACAGACAAGACGUCUGGACCUACGUUCACAAGCGACUCAAGGGUCUCCCUGUUCUCGGCGCUGCUCACGCUACCGACCUUCUCAACAGCUUCUUCCUCGACGGUGACAUGAACGAACACCUUGUCCGUUUCGCUACUACGCUCAACCCCAGCGGUCGUUUCCACUGGCCGAAGUACGAUACGAAGAACAAGCACAUGCUCAGCUACAAUGACGGUAUCUUCAACCCUCUGUCGCUGACCAAGGACAACUACAGGGAGGAGGCCAUGCAGUACCUGAUCGAUGUUACGCUGGAGAAUCCUGUUUAA